GGCGUCACAGCUAAUCCGACCGACCCUGCCAAAAAAAAAUUUAACGGAAAAACAAAGAUUUGCGGUUGCGGUGGACGGAGGCGGAGGCGUCGAGCAAGCGGUAGAUUGUAGUGCCACGAACCUGUGACGGGUUGCCAGCGUGUCAGACGGGUUUGAGGGCUCUUUGGUCGCUGAGCUGAAAGGUCAUUGCUGGCUUUUGUGCCCUGAGGACAUCUGGUUCAGUCAAAAUAACGAAAAUGGCUGGAUUAACCGGGGUGAACGCUUGCCUUGUGCUGCUAUGUGCCGCGGGCGUCGGUGUGUCAUAUUACGCAUUCUUCGUCGAAAGCAACGUCGAGCGCAAUGAUAAAUACGAGGCGUUGUGCGACGUUAAUGAACACAUCAGCUGCACCAAAGUUUUUGCCUCGAAGCAUGCCAAAGGGUUCGGAGUAGUCGCCAAGUACUUUGGAGAGAGCCACUUCCUUAACCAGCCCAACAGCGUCUACGGAAUCUUCUUCUACGCUUUCCUUGCUAUUCUGAGUUUGAUCAACAACUCUGUCGUCUCGAACAUUCAGCUCAGCUUGUCCUUCAUUUCCAACUGUUUGUCUAUGUACCUUGGUUACCUUCUUAUGUAUGUCAUCAAGUCACUGUGCCUAGUCUGUGUCGCCACUUAUGCCAUUAACUUCCUCAUCUUUAUCACCACAAUCUGGAAACUGAAGAAACUGGCUAAGAAGUCAUCGAACAAGAGGGGUCAAAAGUCAGAGAACACUAAACAAAAGAAGGCUGCCAAGAAAAAUAAGUAAAUUAGGUCUGACUCUAGCAUUCUCAAAUUACCUGAAACUUGUUCUGGCAGUGCCAGAAUGCAGAUAUAUUUAUUUGCCUCUUCUGAAAAAAAAAAUGCCUUCUAAUUUUAUUGCUCAAAAGUCACCUGCCAUUAGUAUGAGCAAGACAGUGCUGUUGAUCAGUGCCGUACAGUUGACAAUGAAUGACUUCAGAAAAUUUUUGUCUCAUCAGUAGUAUUGACCUCAAGAUGGAAAGGUUUUGUUUCCUGUCUCAAUGAAAACCGUAGUUGAUAAUGGGUUUGUCCAUUUCUUUCAAACUAUUAUUACGGGUAUGAAGUCUCUUCCAAAGCUUGCUGCCUUAUAGGUGUUUUCGAUGCAUGUCUUUUUAAUUUAUGCUAUGCCGCAAGGUCCAAAUUGUUUUAAGAAAUGUAACUUGAAGGAUUGGCAAGUUAGGGACCAUGGUUACUAACCAAGUGUUGGAUUUAUGAUUUUUAAAUCAAUUUCAAAUGACCUUUAAUUAAGCUAAUUUUCUGUUCAAUUUGUUUUAUUUUGUUUUAAUAUUUUUGUUGAGUGGAGAGAAUGGUUCUGAGUCUUACUGUAGACUUGUGGGUCUUAAGUAGAAAUCCUAGCAUUUGGGAGCUCUCUGAUUUGCCUUGGUUAAUCAUGAGCAGCAAUUAAAUGUACUACUUUUCCAUUGAGAUUUUUUAGACUGAUGGUUGUGAAUGUGGUAGUUCAGUAUUUAAGAAUAAUUUUUUCUGUAUCUUGUACUUUGACAUUCCAAAUGUAUUUAAUUUACCAUUUGUAUGGUAUAUAUUUAUGUUGACUUAAGGAGAACCUACAGAACAGAGGUCAUUGUGUCCAAUCAUUCUUGAUAGAUCCUCUCGGCAAAGAUUUUGCUUUGCUGAAGAUUUGAUUUUUUAUUAUUUGUUUAAAUUUUAAAUGUGUGUGAACUAGUACUUACUGUAAUUAACGGCUCUUCUGAGCAUAGUCAGAACCAUGACAAACUUUUGCCUCUACUGUUUUUGUAAUUUUUCUUUUCAUGAUGUGUACCCUAUAACCAUCUUACCAGUAGAAAGUAGAUUGGCUAAAUGAGAUGUAGUGCGAAGGCUUAGCUUACUAUUUAAAGUUCGAUCUGAAUUGCAUCUCUACCUUUUCACUGUAAGCUCAACUGGCGUAAGGAGUUUUUCCUCCAACAUUUUAUAAAUGUGUGCUGUGUGAUUGUAACAUUCCACUGGUCAACGAUGUAUUGUGAGGUUGAUAUAUUUUUUAUCAGCUUCCUAUUACAAUGAAUAUUGUGUUGCUGUUUUACUAUUUGAAAAAUUUAAUUGAAUAGGUCAUAUCACAUAAACACUGUGAGCUACACAAUGAAUUCCAUUAAAAAGGUUGAAAAUUAAGAAAGGUUGAAACCAA